AUGCCAGAUAUCGUUCUCUCAUUAGCCAGACUUCGAAAGCGGAGAAGAUUUCUCCAAACUCUUAAAAAAUGGGUACCUAUUGUUUGCUGUUGGAAUAUGUUGGCUAUUUAUUCUUCCAUCGGAACAAUAUCACAAAAACACAUAUAUAUCAGAAAAUGCUCUACUCCCCGGCCAGCAGUUACUUUUCGAGAUGAUAUAAGCCAGAUGUCAAAUUUUUCAAGUAUAAAGAGAGCUGUGUACAUAGAAAAAGGAUUACGGAAGGCCGGAUUAAAAACUGAAGUGCAGAAUUUUACGGUUAACAUAUCUGGAAAGAAAAUUUCUGGAACAAAUGUUUACGGCUUAAUCAAGGCACCACGUGCAGAUGGAACAGAAGCGCUUGUGUUGAGUGCCCCAUGGAAAUCAAGGGAUGGAAAAACAAUUAAUAUCAAUGGAAUAGCAGCUGCUCUAUCUUUGGGAAAAUUUUUCAAAGGUUACACUUAUUGGUCCAAAGAUAUUAUAAUUCUUAUUACGGAUGGUGGGGAAGCCGGCGUUCAAGCAUGGCUUGAAUCAUAUCACGACCUUCCUCGAUCAGGCAUUUUAUCGACACCGUUAUUGUUGAGAUCUGAGGGCGUUAAUGGACAACUUCCUAAUUUAGAUUUAAUAAACACAGUCGUGAGAGUGUGUCGAAUGUCAAAUAACAUUCCCAUCAUGUUACAUGAUUCUGGACAUCAUUACCUUUAUGAUAAUGGAAAUUACUAUGCCUCAUUCCAUAAUUUAUUGCAGGCUAUGAAAUAUCAAGCUUUAGGACAUCCAACUGGAAGUCACGGCUUAUUUUUCAGAUAUAAGAUUGAUGCCAUAACUUUAUAUGGUCAUACUUCCGCUCCUACUUCAACUUCAUUCAAAUUAUGGGGGAAAACAGGAAAUAUCAUUGAAUCAUCUCCCGAAGAUGAUCGGUCAAAAUCUAGUUCAUCAAACGAAAAUGUUCAUGUUGUUCCUUUACCGUAUAAUGAUCGGCCACGACAAAUUUUAUUUCCCAUGACAGUUUUGAUUGUGACUCAUUUUACAGGAUUGCUCAUUUUCUUUAUUAUUAUAAAUCAUUCUUCAAUUAGUCAAAUGACAGAAAUUUUUGGCAUGCAGGGUUUUUUAUUUACACUAUCAUUGACUACAAGUCUGUCAAUAAUAGUACCAACAAGUUUAAUAAAAGUCUCACAAGUUAGACCAUCUAAUAAUAUAAUACCACCUUCAAGACAAAAGCCCGCACCAAAUUGGAUAAUAUUGAAAUCAUUUACAUUAGCAUUUACAGCGAUGAUAAUAUCAUGCUUGUCUGUUCUUAAUUUUAAUUUGGCGGUAUUUAUUUCAUUAAUGGUUAUAAUACCAUUUUCAUUGUUUCAACCAACUCCAAAAUACCAAAUAUUACAAUAUUUACAACUAUUAGUGUUAAUAAUAAUAUCACCACCAGGAAUAUUAUUAUCUAGUAGAACGAAUAUGGAAGAAUUUUUGAGAUGGGUUUUAAUGGAAUAUGAAUUAUUUGGAAGCUAUUUAUUACCUUUCAUUUGUUGUUUUUAUUGGCCUAAUAUUUUGGUUUAUGGUGUAAUUGUUUUUUCUGAAAAUACAAGUUAA